CGUCAUCAAAAACAAUUUAGCGAACGAAUCAAAAUUUUUAGUUAAAAAAACUUAAAAUGACAAAAUUUUUAAAUUUAUAACUAAUAAGCAUAGUUCAAGCUAUCACGUCUGUGCUGCCAAUUGCUACUGUAAAAAUCCAACGUUUUUGUUUAAACUACAAGGGACUUUUUUAUUCUAAACUACAUGGGAAUCUCUAGCAGUAAAAAAGCAGCGGGAAUAGUGCUAAAGAACUGCACAGUAUGGAAAGCUGAUCGUAGUCCAGCAUGUAGAUCAGUACUGAUGGCUUUGGAUGCUUUGAACCUUAGUAUCAAAGAAGUCGACGUAAACAUGGACCGAGAUGAACACAAAGCUCCUGAUAUGAUUGCGAUGAACAGUCUUCAAACUUUGCCCAUACUAAAGGAUCAUCGAUCAGUUAUAACCGAUAGCCAUGCUAUAAUGACGUACCUGGCUUCACGUUAUGGCUAUCCCAGAUUCAGGAGAGGCUAUUUGCUACCAAGAGAUCCUGGGGAUAGAGCCAGAAUCGAACAAUUAAUGCAUUACAAUAGCGGAGUAUUACAACCAAAAUAUCGCGUUGCUGCGUAUCCAAUUCUGUACAAUGACUGCAGACAUGUGAUGCCGCAACAAGUCAGUGAUAUAGAAUGCUCGUAUAAUGAAAUGGAGAUUAUGUUGGGCGAACAUACAUGGUUUGGUGGCACAUGGCCUACGCUCUCCGAUAUAACUCUUGUUGCUACUGUUAGCACUCUGAAUAUUAUGGUGCCUAUAGAUGCUACGAGGUUCCCAAGACUGUCCAGAUGGUUUCAGCUCAUGUCAAAGGAAAGCUACUAUUUGACUGGUAACGCCAAGGGCUUGAAGGAGUUCUCUGACAGAAUAGAUCGUACGGAACAAAGUGAAGAAGGUGGAAAAAUAGUUGAUAUCAAAUUUCCAAGAUUAUCAUCUAAGCGGCGCUCUUUAACCCAGGCAGAGCAACAAGGACCAGUGAAGUCAACAAUUAAAAUGCAUCUGCCCUUUUAAAAAAAAGUUGAGUAAAAUAAAGAACUUGUAAAUAUACAGAUCAUUAACCAAUACCAUUUUAUUAUCCCUGUAAGAAAAAUAUUGC